AUGGCCGAGGGCUGCGAGGACUCUGCCGGCGCCGCUGAAUCCACCACGUCACAGUAUAAGCUCGACAAGAUGCUGGGUACGGUGCUGCCCUGCGAGGCGGCUAUUGUAGCGACGCCCGGCAGCAGCAGCAGCAACAACAAUAACAACAAUAACAGCAGCAGCAACAGCAACAACAACGGCAGCAGCAACAACACUGCCAGCAACAUUGUAAAGCGAGAGUUUUGCGAUGGCAGCAUCAUGCCAGGUGCUAGUGUCAACAACAACAACAGCGCCGUCAGCAACAAUAACAACAACAACAACAAUACCAAAAUGCAAGCAUUGAUAUGCAGCAGCAGCAGCAACAACAAUAUUAACAGUAGCAACAAUAACAACAACAGCAAUGCCAACAGCAGCAGCAGCUCAUCAUCAUCCUCCUCCUCCAGCUCAUCCAGCUCGUCCAGCUCGUCAGCCAGCACUUUGACCAGCUGUACCACCGCGGCCGUAGUGCCCUCCAAUUGCUCCACAAAUGCCAACAAGUCGCCCGGUUCGCCCUACUCCCAAAGCGGCACGAUCGGCAUCGGCGUCGCCCUCGCCAGCCCCCUGCGCGAGGCCAGCCCGCUGCUCAGCCGCUGCUCGCCAGCGGCCGCUGCGGCGCAGUCACCAUGUGGCGGUGCCACGCCCGCUUCGCCGCCAUCUGUCUCCUCCAACAGCUCGUCGCAUGUGCUGGCGCUCAACAUCAAAACCGAGUCGGACUACGACAAGGAGAUCAGCUGCCACAAGAUACAUUCGCCCAGCAGCAGCAGCAGCCACGCCCACCACCCCUUGCAUCACCAGCACCACCAGCAGCAACAUCAUCAGCAGCAGCAGCAGCACAUAGCGCACCACCACCACAACCACAACAACAACAACGAAGAUGACAUGGAGCCGACGCUGCUCUCGCCCGCACACUCCACCCACUCAGCCUACGACUCCAAGGAGCAUGUCAAGGAGCUGGAGUUCUAUAAGAAUCUCGCGGCCAAGGCUGCCUCGCUGGCCAACCACCAGCGCGAUACGAACUCUGCCUCGCCCCUGCCCAUGCAAAUCGAUGCGGAUGAGGACGAAGCGGAGGAUCAGACUGCCGAGGCGUUGCGUCUGCGAUGCGAGGAGCAAGCCCAGGCCAAGGCAUUUGCGGCACAUCUCAAUGGAACUAUGCAAGACAUGAUAAAUUUGCAAAAAUUACAAAAUUUGGCCACACUACAACAACAACAACAUCAGCAACAGCAACAGCAACAGCAGCAGCAUCAGCAGCAGCAACAACAUCCGCAUUCACAUCAUUCCCAUCAUCAUCCCGCCACGGCUGCCGCACUGGCAAGUCUUCAGGGCUUAGCCGCCUCCGUGUUCAACUCACCAUUGAAUCUGAGCGUUGGCGCAGAGGCUGUUACAGCAACAACAACAGCAGCAGCAGCAGCAGCAGCAGGUGGAGUCACAUCCACCUGCCACAACGGGAACAAGCACAAGACGUCAAAGGGCAACAACAACAACAGCAGCAACAGCAGCGCAGCCGGCAACUCCUCCAGCCAGCAGCCGCAGGAUAAUCCCAGCAGCAGCAGCUCACCGCAUGCCCAUGCCCAUUCCCUCAACGCGACGACGCUGGCCAAUGUGUUGGCUGCAGCGACCGCAUCGCCACCGCCAGCGCUCCAAGCGCCGCCGGCGAGCGCGCAGAUGCCGCAACUGAUACUCGCCUCCGGGCAGCUGGUGCAGGGUGUCCAGGGUGCUCAGCUACUCAUACCUACAGCUCAAGGCAUUGCUGUGCAGACCAUUCUUACCAUUCCGGUGAGCCCACAGAUUCCCACCAGCGAACAGUUUCUACCCAACGCAUUCGGAGCUUUUGCCAGCUAUCAGCAGCAACAGCAGCAGCAGCAGCAACAACAACAACAACACCAACAGCAGCAACAGCAACGCGAACAACAACGCGAACUUUUGGCUCCACCGCUGGCUGCGUUACAGCAUGGGCCAGCCUUGCCGCAAUUGGCGCAGACACCGACGAAUUUACUGAAGCCUAAUCUCUUUUCCACGGGCGUACAGCAGUUGCUGACAGCGCUUCAUCCGGAGCUAUUUGCAGCCGCUGCCGCCAAUCACCAGCAGCAGCAGCGCGAACGGGAACGCGAGCAGCAGCAGCAACAAUUGGCGGCAGCAGCAGCCGCCGCAGCGGCGGCGAGUCACUUGCCACAUGCCCACCUGGCCGCUGAUAUGCGUCGCUCUGCGGAGCGAACACCGCCUUCUGGCUCACCCACUGUGGGAAGUCCGGCGCUGCCGACGAAACAACCACCACCACCGCCACCGCCGGCUGCGGCGUUCUUGCUGCAACAGCAGCUGCACAUCAAGCCGGAGACGCAAACGCACCUGCAUCAUCAUCUGCACGGCACGACGACGGCAGCGUCAGCUGCACAUCCACAGAUUAGCUUGAGGCAUCCGGAUGAACUGACGGCUCCGCAGCUGGAACUGAAGCCGCUGGAGCUGAACAGCAGCAGCAGCGUCUCGCCGCCCGCGUUGCCGCCUUCGGCUGCCCUGGCGCGACAUCAUUUUGGGCACAAUUUGCGCAGUGCGGCAGGCUCUUCGCCCAAGCACAGUCCAGGACGCGGCUCCUCCGGGGCAACAGGCAUGAAUCUCAGCCAGCACCAUGACCGGCUCGAACGACGUUCGCACACGCCCACUGCGACGGCCACGAGAACAAGCUCUGGCCUAAGCACAUCCAGCGCUGCGUCGGUGCAUCAUUUGCCGCAUGAGCGAGGAACUGGCAACAUGCUCAGUGGACGCCUGACGCCCACUGUGUCUACUCCAACCGCUAUGGGCAGCAGCAGCAAUGAAAGAGGCUACUCAUCUCCACUGUUCCGCUCACACUCGCCGCCCGUGCACGCCUUGAACAUGGGCAGCUCGCCGCGACUGGAGCGCGACUAUCUGGGCAAUGGACCAAGUUUGAGCGGCGGCUCCAGCGGAGCCUCAGCCGCGGCCACCAACUGCACAGCGACGGCAACGGCGUCCAGCUCCACGGGCAGCGUACUUAGCAGCAUCAAUAGACUAAACGCCUCCAACGGCGAGCUAACCAUCACCAAAUCUUUGGGCCCGCCGACGGCUACAGCCACGCGUGCCUUAUCCGCCUCACCGCGUGACGAUUCACCCUUGCCAGGGCCAUCCACAUCAGGGGUUUCACUAAUGCAGCCUUUGAAGCUGAGCCCCUCAUCGCGCAGCGAGCCGCCACAUCUGUCGCCCAAUGGGAACGAUAAUGACAACGACCUGCUUAUGGAUUCACCGAAUGAACCCACCAUCAACCAGGCCACCACCAAUGUGGUCGAUGGCAUUGACCUGGAUGAGAUCAAGGAGUUCGCCAAGGCAUUCAAGCUGAGGCGCCUCUCGCUGGGCCUCACCCAGACCCAGGUUGGACAGGCUCUUUCGGUAACCGAGGGACCCGCGUACAGCCAGAGUGCCAUUUGCAGCAGUGCACUCGCUGCGCAGAUGUAUGCCGCUCAACUGUCGACGCAACAACAGAACAUGUUCGAGAAACUCGACAUCACACCAAAGAGUGCACAGAAAAUCAAGCCCGUCUUGGAGCGCUGGAUGAAGGAGGCCGAAGAGAGUCACUGGAAUCGCUACAAGUCCGGCCAGAACCAUCUGACAGACUACAUUGGCGUGGAGCCCUCGAAGAAGCGCAAGCGUCGCACCUCGUUCACACCUCAGGCACUGGAGCUGUUGAACGCGCACUUUGAGCGCAAUACGCAUCCAUCGGGCACCGAAAUAACUGGCCUGGCCCAUCAGCUGGGCUACGAGCGCGAAGUGAUUCGCAUCUGGUUCUGCAACAAGCGGCAGGCCUUGAAGAACACUGUGCGCAUGAUGUCCAAGGGCAUGGUCUAGUAGGGCGUGUACAUAUAGAGGCCUGCUAUAUACUGUAUAUAGUUUGUGUGUAUUUUGUGAUAGUUUUAAACACUUAGCGUUUAGUUUUUAGGCCAUGUAAAGUAAAAGCUGUGUCAUAGCAUUUACAAUAAAUGUCAGCAUAUGUCAACCGCCCCCUUCCCCACACUUCGCCACAGUCAACAAAAUUAAAUACAACCAUGUACUAUUUAUGACUAACAUUAUGGACUAACAUUUAUCAUAUCCCAAAUAGCCUAAAAGUAGGCUUACGUCUAAAGUCUACAGGCGCAAACCUUUGCGGAUUUUAGGGCCUAUUUUAUGAUAUUGAUGUGCCAUUCCAAAAAUUAAAAUACAAAAAAAAACAAAAAAAACAAAAAUAUAUAUAUAUAUAUAAAUGGGAUAGUAUAUGUAUAACAAAUUCACAACUAGAGAUUUACAUUUAUCAAUUUGUAUGGCUAAGCGCAAAACCAAAAUGAAAAAAAAGAAAGAAAAAGAAGAAGCAUAAUGACACAAGUAAACAAAUUCUUUAUAAAACGUAAGCUAUUUGAUUUAAAAAAUAAUUGCAUUUAAUGCGUUGGCUAUAUUGAUAUAACGUGUAUACUAAAGUGUAUUUUAUUUAAACAAUUUAUAAGCAAAUUAUAAACUCUAGCAAUUAACGAUUCUCAUUUGGCCAUCAAAACCCUCUAGCCCAUAAACAAACAACCCACUAAAAUGUAUGGCAGCGCACUAAAAAUCUAGAAUAAGCAAAUUUAUGUAGCAAUUGUCGAAGGCCCAGAACAAAAAACUUAAUACAAGAACAAACGUAUUUCGAUUGCAAAAUUCAAAUGGUACACAAGAAC